UUUAAAUGGAACACCCUGUACAUUUUAUUAUUCAUUGAAUAUCACUCGUUAAAUUACAUUUCAAAAAGCUCACCAGGAUAAUAUUCCAGUCAAACAUUAAAACAAAGUACCUACCUACCUAGGCAGUGGAAAACAGUAAUUCAAACAGUGUUACAAAUGUCAACAGUUCGUAUUUUCUCCUAGUGUUUCUAUAACGAACUAUUGACAUUUGUUAACACUGUUUGAAUUAAUGUUUUCCACUGCCUAGGUAGGUAGGUACUUUGUUUUAAUGUUUCACUGAGUGUUUUUAUUAGACAUUACAUUAAUUGACGAAUAUUUUACUGAGCAUUGAUUUUUGGCAUAUGAUAUUGUUGAGCUUUUUGAAACGUAAUUUAACGAAAGGUAUUCAAGAAAUAGUAAAAUAAACAGGGUGUUCCAUUUAAAAAACUCAAGUUGAUGUCACUUCCGGUGAAACAGGAAGCAGCAUUGAUUGAGUAUCUAUCCCAAAAUAUAGAUGACAAUCAACUAUGCAACUUUGUCUCAAGAUAUAUAGUCAUAUCAUUAAAAAUAAAGGAGUUAUGGCUUGGGGCGUUUUUUGUAAUCCACCCUGUAUAUUUUUGUGGUCUGUAAAAAAUUGAUAAACACUUUUUCUGGUCAUAUUAUCACGAUGAUAAACACAAAAUAAGUAGACGAGAGACUGAUAAUGACCACUCGUAUAAUAGAAACACGUAGAUGAGUUAGAUGUGAGACUUAGCAAAUAGGUCUCUUAUACACCCCUACCUUUAUUAGGGUACCUACCUACAUAUACUUACACGUCACACGAUGUAAAACAGCAUAUCAUUUGCGAGAUGUGAUAUUUUUGAAUAAUAUAAUUCGCACAAAGAACUGACUUUUAAACAUCAAACAAACGUUAUCGUCUGCAUAAAUAUGAGAAAAGUGUUUAUUAGUUUUUGCAGUUAAAAUGUCUUGGACAUAGAAGUAAAUUCGCGAAAAUUGGUAAUUUAUGUAAAUGAUAAAAGUAGAAAUACAAAGCUCGAUUAUAGAAAUCGGUUUUAUAUCUGCUCGGUAAAAAAUUAAACUUCAAAGCAGUGGUGAGUUUGGUCGUAUUACAAUGAGAAAGAUCUGCAAAUGUUGAACCAAUUACGGUACGGUUGUUUUAAAGGUACUUUAGGAAAUUAAAUAAUAAUUUUAGUAGAAUAUUAAGCUUUGAGUUUCCCCUUAAAAAAAAAAAGAUGAAGCAUAGAGACAAUUCUGUUAUAUUUAUAAAUGGUUCUUAUAGCGCGUUAUUUUACAAACAUAGCAUUAAGUGCAUUGUUGGAAUUAAUAAACAUUUAAACAAAAAAUAAUUAAUUUAUCAAAAAUAUUGUAUCUGCAUUUUUCACUUCAUUAAAUUUACAAAAGCAGAUGUAAAAGCAGUGUCAAGUGUUUUAUACAUGGACGUCUUUGAUAAAAAUUUUGUUAGCAUUUAUUUGACUAGGUGUCUACUGUUUAGACAUAUAAAUGACGUUUAAAUGAAAAAAAACCGUUAAUAAAACUGCAAGUUGAUUCUGAACUUCAGAAACGAUAAAGUUAACUAACAUCAACCGUUCAGCUGCUCUUCAAACCGUUUUAUUUAUUUUAAUCGAGCAACGGUUCUACGUUAAAUGGCAAUCGUCAAACAUACUGUUGCAGUGCUUUGUAAACAUUUGAAUUUUCUGUAUGAUCUGGAACUUAAAUCUGAAACAUUUCGCCAAGCUAAAUUCAAUAAAUGUGAAGAAAAAAGUAUUGAACAGUUCUGGAACGUCCUAUCUGCUCUUGGAAAUUGUGAAUUUGAUAACGAAACUAAUAAAAUCAAAGAUUUUUUAAACAAACUUGGUUACACUAGAUCAAAAUUUUAUGAUCUUGAUUUAAACACUACUAAUGCUAGAGAACUUUUAUUUGCUUUAGCUUUCAUUAUAUCAAAGGGAGAACUUGAUAGGAUUGUUAAAAAGAAAUGCCAAAAAAGUCUGUUUCAUAUUGAUUCGACGUUACGUGACUCCAAAAAUGACAUUAAUUUUUCUCUGAAUGCUUUGAAAGAUGAAAACGACCUCGCCAACAGUAUAGAGUGGAUUAAGGGAAAAGCAAAUUACAACAAAACAGUUGCCAAGGAGUACGAACUUUCUAUAAAUAAUGUUUUAGAAAAGCUGGAUAAAAUUAGUACUUUUAAUUUCAAUUUGUGUUUAUCUCAGUUAAGAGCGCUAAAUGAUAUGGAAUAUGCAAGGUUAUUUUUAAAUAACACAAAAGAAAUCAUCCAAAUGUUAGAUAACCACGACCAGUGGCUGAAAAAAGAAGCUGCAUUUUGGGAGUGGAUGAACACUGUUAUAAUCGAGGAUCAAAAAGGAAACAAUUCUUUGCGUCCAUAACCUUUUAUACCCAGUUUUAAAUUAUUAAUUUUUGAAUUGUUA